CGGCGCAGCGACGGAGUGUAACGAGAGCCGCAUUUCAUCCUGUUCAACAUGAAGAGUCUCCUCGUCUUCACCUUCUGUCUGAUCUCAGCUGGAACUGCUGCUGAUAUAUAUGUAACUGGAUUCAUCGGCGGCUCAGUCGAGAUCAGAUGCCCCUACGAAGCCGGAGAUGAAGAAAACAUGAAGUAUCUGUGCCGAGGUAACUGUCAUGUCAUGAACUUUAGAGACAUUCCUGUUCAAUCCGGAUCUCCUCCUAAAGAUCGGAGGUUCUCUCUGUAUGACACAAGAUACAGCAUCUUCAUCAUCACGAUCACUGAUCUGAGACUGGACGAUACCGGAACGUACUGGUGUGGGGUACAGAGAACAGGUCACGAUCUGUUCACCAAGGUUCAGCUACGGGUUACAACAGCUCAUCCUAAGAAAACAACCACGACCUGUACAUCAGUGCCUGAAACCACAGAGACCACACCUACAUCCACAGGUCAUGACCAAUCCACCUCCCACCCGCCAACACAACAAUACUGUCUCGCCAACUGAAACAUGCUAAGUCUUCCCCUACAGAAAAUGAUCCUACGCUUCAACGUCCAACGUUCCUACAUCAACACAGACCAAACAGACUCCAUCUACCAGAACCUGGACCAACACCAGAGCCUGAACCCUGGACGUCACCACGUUAUUUUAAUGUUUGGUGUUUUUUACACGUGUGUUCUUUCCUGCUAGACGUCAAAAAUAAAUCUUACCUUACCAGUCUGACCGUCAUCUGCACCUCAGACACCGAUACUGGGAA